ACUCCCCAGCUGAUCCUCCUCUCUGAGCUCCUGGAAACCUGUCCUCACUCUGCAACACUCCCAGCACACACCUACACACACACCUACACACACACACACCUACACACACACACACACACACAACUACACACACACACAUACACUCACCCAGGUGAGCCAUGUCGGCUCUCAUGGCUGCCGGCUCGGUCUUCUUCCCUGGACUCUUCCUGCUGACCAAACAGACUCUGAAACAUAUUAUGGGAUGGAGGGAGGGGGACGCUGCCAUGGUAUCUACACGCCUGGUGUCCUCCGUCCAGGCCGUCAUGGCGUCCUCGGCUGGAUGGAUCAUCGCCUCGUCCUGCAGGGACAUCGUGGAGGACAGUCAUUGGCUGACCGACACCUACAUCCUGUUCGCCACGCCAUACUUUGCCUACGACAUCUACGCCAUGUUCCUGUGCUACAGGCACAAGCUGCAGGUCAAAGGUCACGAGGAGGGGGGGGCUGCUGUGGCUGGGUACCUGCGCAGAGAGAAGCUCAUGGUGCUGCAUCACGUCUUCAUGGUGGCCUUCUGCUUCCCUGCCUCGCUGCUGUGGCGGCAGGGGAAAGGUGAUUUCUUCCAGGGUGUUUUGUUUCUGGCCGAGCUCAGCACACCGUGCGUCUGUCUGGCCAAAGUCCUGAUCCAGUACAAGCAGCAGCACACUCUGCUGCACAAAGUCAACGGCGUCCUGAUGCUGCUCACCUUCUUCAGCUGUCGGGUGUUACUCUUCCCGUACCUGUACUACGCCUACAGCAGGUAUGCAUCUAUCCCGGUGUACGCGGUGCCCCUGGUGGCUCCGUGGCAGUGUAACCUGGGGGCCGCUCUGCUGUGGCCCCUGCAGCUCUACUGGUUCACGCUGAUCUGCAGAGGAGCUCUGCGUCCGUCCGUCCCCGGAGGACGCUCAACGUCAGCGUUUAAAGACGAGCGCGGCGGCUGCCUGACCACGAGGAACUGCUGCAGGUCUCAUCAGGAGGACGGACACUGAAGCUGCAGGGAGAGGACAAGAAGAAGAAGAAGAAGAAGAAGAAGAAGAAGAAGAAGAAGAAGA